CCAAGGGCAUGGGCACGUGUUGUCUGGCGUGGUGCAAUCCGAGAGCAUAGUGUGAGUGGGGUCGCGCGGAGGGAUUUAGGUCUGGCUGAUAGGUACUGUGGCGUGGGGGUGGGCUGUCAAGGUUGUCACAGCUUUCAAGAAGCAGCUGCCUGCCUGCAAAGAUGGAUGCUCUAGCUGGCCAGUUCAGUGAUGCUGAAGAUGAUAUGUCUGAUGCCAAGCAUAUCUGUGGUCGGCAGGCCCAGUUCCAGCCAGCAGGGCGGGCCUCGGCCGGGGACGGUGUGACGUCACUGGCCAGUCAGCUGAGUCAGCUGAGUCCGACGGCCAGUGACCCGGUCCGGGGCGGGUCGGGCUCCGCUGCUGGUGACGAGCAGCCUGACCAGGACGACGACGCGUUUGAAAGCGAUGACGACGCCGAGUUCUACGACUGGGACCCGUCCAGCAGGAAAGAUUUGACCAAGGUGUACCUGGCCCAUCGCGGAACGGCGCAGGCUGGCGGCGUCCCUGCCGGUCAAGCCAAGAACUACCAGCCCUCCAAAAACCUGAUGAUGCGCUACAGCCAUCGGAUCAACUUGGAUCGCUAUGACGGGCCGAAAGUGUCCAACGCCGUGAGAAACCAAAUAUCGGAGGCGGCAAAGAGAAACGACUCGUCUAGGAUCCGCACCAAGGACAAGAAGGACCGGGCCACCGUGGAGCAGGUGCUCGACCCGCGCACGCGCAUGAUUCUCUACCAACUGAUGGACCGCGGGUACUUCGCAGAAAUCAACGGCUCCGUCUCCAUGGGCAAGGAGGCGAACGUGUUCCACGCCAGCGGCGCGCCGCCCCUGAGCGAGGACGGUUCGGGCACAGAGCGGGCCGUCAAAAUAUACAAGACGUCCAUCCUGACCUUCAAGGACCGCGAGAAAUACGUGGCUGGGGAGUUCAGGCACCGGCACGGCUACAGCAAGCACAACCCGCGCAAGAUGGUGCAGACCUGGGCGGAGAAGGAGAUGCGGAACCUGACGCGGCUGGCGCGCGCCGGCGUGCCCUGUCCGCAGCCCGUCCUCCUGCGCAGCAAUGUCCUCCUCAUGGGCUUCAUCGGCGAGGACGGCCGGGCCGCACCAAAGCUACACGAUGCCAACAUCGGCGAGUCGAAGGCACGCGAGCUGUACCUGGACGUGGUGAAGAUCAUGCGCACCAUCUACCACGAGUGUCGCCUGGUGCACGCAGACCUCAGCGAGUACAACAUGCUGUAUCACAAAGGACACGUGGUCGUGAUCGACGUGUCUCAGUCGCUGGAGCACGACCACCAGAACGCGCUCUUUUUCCUGCGCAAGGACUGCACCAACAUCACCAACUACUUCACCCGCCUGCAGGUGGCCACGAUGACUGUGCGCGAGCUGUUCGACUUCAUCGUCGACCCCAACAUCACGGCCGACAACCUAGGCGGCUACCUGGAGCGCAUGAUGGACCUGACGGCCCAGCGGGGCCAGCUCAGCAACCAGCAGCUGGUCGACGAGGAGGUGUUCAAGCACGCCUACAUUCCCAAGCGGCUGGACGAGGUGUACAACGCCGAGCGUGACAUCUGCCAGGCCAAGGCGGGCGACCAGAGUCUCAUCUACUCCACCAUCACGGGCAUCAAGCCGGACCUGUCUGGCGCCCAGCUGGUGCCCUCCCUGCUCCACCAGACGGACGCCCUCGCUUCGGAGGAGGACAGCGGCGGCUCGUCGGACGAGGACGCCAGUGACCAGGACGAGGGCUCGUCCAAGUUCGUGAACACGCGUCGACCUCGGAACGAGUCACCUGCUAGCAGGAAGGAGCGGAAGAAGGCUGUCAGGGAAGAGAAGGCAGAAAAACGGAAAGUGAAGGUGAAAAAGCACAUAAAGAAGAAAAAAGAAAAGGACGGCAAAAAGAAAUAACUGUUGUUUCUGCACGGUUCAUGUUUUGGGGAUCACGGCCUUCAUGUAUCAGCUAGAAACAAUUGAGAUAUGAUCACCUGUGAAUAAUGUAGGCUCAUGACAACUGCGUGCGAAUAUAUUGAUGUUGCCAGGCGCAAUGGUAGGAUCCCUGGCCCGGACUUUCCCUGGAGGUCCAGCGCUCACAAUCACGAAUCUCACGUGGGUCUGGGACGAAAGCAGGCACUCGAGUCGUGAAGUCUUUGGGCGCAUCGUCGCUUGAGUUUGAAUAGCGCCGCGAAGACGGAGCUACCAGCGGUGGCGAGAGCGUCCAAUGGUCUUGCUGUUGAGGGCGAUGUGGCUGUCGUGGCCUCCCCCACACGCUUUAUUAAAACUGCGGAGCAUCAACUUCAUGUGUUUAUGUCUCAGCUCAUUGUCUUCUACGCUCACUUCGAACGCGCCAGACGAUAUAACAAUGCACAUACAACAGGCCACAGCACUAAUAUUGCACCUGCAUUGCACCGGUACAAAAUCUCGCGCGGCGCGUAACUUGGACAGCUCACUUCACAGCAGCCGGGCCGCCCGACCCGAUUCGCCGCUCCGCCCGCGCGGCACGACAUUGGUCAGCUGGCAGGCCGUGUGGGCGGCGUGGCGGCGUAUGGCGCGGUGUGGUUUGGUCCAGAGCCACAGCGCUGGGCGGCGGGGUUCUCUGGCGUCCUCUGGUCACGGCGCCGGGUACUCUGGCGUCCUCUGAACUGGGUGUCGGGUGCUGCGAUUCCUCCUGGAGCGCGUGUCCUCUGGGCUAGCCCCGGGCUGCGCCGAGUGCCUUUCCCGGUGCCCGGAUCCGGGGUGUGGGCCUCGAGCCCGCGUCUCUCGAGGCGGCGG